GUUCAAGUCCAUGGACAAUCGUUUCUACUGACUCUUUCGAGUCGAUCUUCCUAUUUAUCAAGCUCUUAAUUUCCUAUCUUCGAGACCUGUCCCGCAUGCACCGCGCGGUGUUGCGCCCUUGAGAUGAGCUUGGGUGUGCACAAUGCAGUGUACAGACAUGCAGUGAUCCGUCCAAGAUGGCCUCGAUCAAGGCAUAGCCAUUCUCUUCGCCAUUUUACACCUACCUCGCGCUCGCGUUCCAUUGAUCCAGACCCUCCGAUUCGAGAAACUCCAAACCCGAACGCCAGAAACAUUGCUAUACUUGGUGGUGGCGUGACCGGCCUCACGACCGCUUGGAAUUUGACCAAGCGCAUACCAGAUGCGAAAAUCACAAUCUACGAAAGAAAUGAUGGACUUGGUGGGUGGGUUAACUCAGAGCAAGUCGAGGUGAAAGAUGGGGAGGUGCUCUUCGAGUGGGGACCCAGGACUUUACGACCAGCUUUAACAGGUUCUGGAAGGGCCACGGUUGACUUGCUAUUAGACCUCGGCCUUUCGCAGCAAGUAAUUGCCAUUUCGAAACGAAGUCCCGCUGCGUUGAACAGAUUCAUAUACUAUCCCGAUCACCUUGUGCUGAUGCCCGGCCCUGUUCCAGGCAUAUGGGAUGGGAUUCAACGGCUGUGGUCGCUGUGGUCCGAACCAAUACAUGAGGGAGUUGUGUCUGGCCUCUUGGGGGAAACCUUUGUUUCACCCCGAAGUUCUAUUCUUGAAGACGAGUCCGUGGGUCGUUUUCUGACACGAAGAUUCGGUAAGAACAUCGCAGACAACAUAGCCUCAGCCUUCUUCCAUGGUAUCUACGCCGGCGAUUUGUAUCAGCUAAGCGCUCGUACCUUACUGUCCAGUGCGUGGUAUCUGGAAGGUGAUGAGCCGCGAAACGAACUCGGAGUUCUGGUGCAGAUGGUACUUCAAGGACUCGGACGCGAGAUGCUGAUCCCUGGCAGGAUGGCUAGGUAUUUCAUGAUGGAACAACAUGAACAGUCUGGCGAGUUCGAGCCAAAACGCGAGGCCUUGAAGUCUCUAUUGAGAAGAUCAAGUGUAUACACAUUCAAACGAGGGCUGGGUGAACUUACCACCUCGCUAGAAUCUGCCUUGGCACAGAAUCCCAAUGUCAAGAUGCUGACAUCUUCACAUGUGAAACGUGUCCAGUUCAAUAGAGACGAAAAAUAUUUGCAGGUAGAAUGUUCUCGUCAGCCUCAAGGCUUAGUGGACACCAAGUACGAUUACGUGGUGUCCACUCUUGGGCCAAACACCAUACGGGAUUCCCUAAAAGAGACCGACGGCAGUGUCUCUUCAGCUUGCACGGACAGCAAAAGCGCCGUGAGCGUCAUGGUUGUGAAUCUUUACUACAGCAACCCAAGUUUGAUCCCACCCUCACAUGCAGGGUUUGGAUAUCUGAUCCCACGUUCGGUGCCUUACGAACAGAACCCAGAGCGUGCUCUCGGCGUCAUUUUCAGUUCUGAAACUUCUGGCAACUCGCGCGAAGCUCGAGAAGAGAAGCUGAGGUAUAUGAUCGAAUCAUUGGAGUUGGAACAGGCUCAACAGAACAAUGGCGGUGACUCCACAGGCGCAGAAACCAAGACCAAGAGAAGCAACGUCGACAACAAAACGGACAAUAGCGUUGAGAAACCACGUAGUCAUGUUGAGCAAUUGCUGAAAGAUUUUGAGCAGGAGCAUGGUCAGGGUCAAGACACUGCCCCCGGCACCAAAAUCACAGUCAUGAUGGGCGGCCACUGGUGGUCAGGCUGGAAGCCAGAUGAACUUCCGGGCGAAGGUGAGGCCGUCGAAAUGGCCCAAAGUCUACUCAAACGGCAUCUUGGCAUCAAUGAAGUCCCCGAGGUCGCAAAGGCGCGCUUGAAUCGCGACUGCAUCCCUCAGUACACGGUCGGUUAUCACGGCCGCAUGAAGACGAUCCACGAAGCUCUCGCCAGGGAUUUCCAGGGACGACUCAAGGUUGCGGGGCCCUGGUGGCAAGGAGCGGUCGGGGUGAACGAUUGUGUCCAAAAGGCCCGUGAGAUAGCUUGGUCGAUCGAGCAUCAGUGGGACGAUAAGACUGGAUUGGAAGACGUGGUCAAUGAUCAAGAUUACCAUCGGAGCGAUCCUGCUGCUGCGUGAGACCGGGGUGUCAGAAAGUUCGGUCUGUGUUAUGAGAUGACAACUGUAGCCAAAAAACCAGCUUGACAGCUGUUUGUGUAGUGUAUAUACCCUGAUUAGACCAUUGGCGAAAAGUAAAUAGAAGUGAAAUGCACUUUUAAAAAU